AUGCAUGUCCUGGGACUUUUGAACAAAUUCCAAAAUAUGAUUCGUUGCUGUUUUGCCUGCAGUCAUAUGAUAAACAACACAAUCUCAUCAUAGCAGUCUGCAUUUUAAUGCUUUAAUACCACAGCAGUAAAGCCACACUUGAAAAAUGAAAUGUUACAGCUUUGGAGGCAAACCAUCUCUCCUCGAACUCUUAAUUGUAGACAUUCCUUACCUGUGUAUGUGCUUGUGGAACCCAAUAUCCUCUUACCCUUGCCAAUGAGAUUUUAAUGAGCUGCCGUGUAAAAUAGAGCCGUUAUUGUCCUAACGGUGGAUUUGGCCACCAAACAGAGCGUUCUUUCUUUUAUGAAACAAUCCCAGUAUCCCUUAUUAUGUUUCACCUCCAAGUUCCCCCCUAACGUCCCUGCACACCACUGGACAGUGGAGGUAUAUAGCACACAUAGUGCUGCAGUACUUAAAAGGAAAUUUAUCAAAUACUUUCCUCUGGACGCUGAAAUAAGGCUCCUCUUCAUGGCUCUGCAGGUCCUGGGAAUCACACUUUCAAUGAUUGGCUUCGCAGGGACCAUCAUCAUCUGUGCCCUGCCCAUGUGGAAGGUAACCGCCUUUAUCGGCACAAACAUCGUCGUGGCACAGGUCUUCUGGGAAGGACUGUGGAUGACCUGCGUAUAUGAACGCACAGGUCAGAUGCAGUGUAAACUGUAUGAUGCGCUGCUGGAUUUGGACCCAUCCUUGCAGGCUGCACGUGGGCUGGUGGUCACCACCAUGGCUUUGGCCUUCCUGGCUUUCCUUAUUUUCCUGGUCGGAGCCGAGUGCACUAACUGCCUAGUUAACCCGCGUGCCAAAGCAAGGAUUGUAGUGGUAUCUGGGAUUACCUUCAUUCUGUCUGGACUGACUACCGUCAUUCCUGUGUCUUGGACAGCCAACUCUGUUAUAAGAGACUUUCGUAAUCCCAUAGUACACGAAGCAUUAAAGAGGGAGAUGGGGGCGGCCCUUUAUGUGGGCUGGGUAACUGCAGGGUUUCUGUUCAUUGGUGGAGCGGUUCUAUGCACAAGUUGCCCACCAGAAAGGGUCAACUAUUUACCAAGGUAUACACUAACAAAGUCCAGCACCCACAGCAGCUAUGCCAUAAAAAACUAUGUUUGACUUACAGCAGGUGACACACAAAAUCAUGUUUUUGAGUUUUGCAUUUGUUAUUGUCAAGAUAUCUUUGUAAACAUUUCAAAUGCAUCCUUCCUCACAUUAUGAGACAAGGUUUUUUACAGCUUUACAGUUUAAUUUGAUGUUUCUUUUUAUGUAUAUACAUGUAUAGUUUAGCUUUUUUAAGCUUUAUUAUACUGUUGAGCA